CGCGUCUCGUCUCACCCAGAGCUCGGCAGCUUCCGCUCCUUCGAGCCUCCCCGGCCCAUCGCGAUCCCCACCCUCUCGCUCUGCGUCGACGACAACGACGCUGUCUCACCCUUGGACGUCGCGAUGGACGGAGACGAGUCACUCAGCCCCAGCACGGGCUUUCCGCUCCUCGGACGCGCGUACUCAGACCGCUUCCCCGUCGACCAUGAGCUCAACUCGUACUUUGUCGAGACUUACGAACUCGAGGACGAGCUCGGCGCAGGUGGCUAUGGUUUCGUCAUGACGGCCCGGCAUCGCACCGGCGGUCACGAAACCGCCGUCAAGUUCAUCAUCAAGGACAAGGUUCCUGCGCACGCGUGGGUCGAGGACGAGAGCUUUGGGCGCAUCCCGUCCGAGGUCAUGCUCGUCAGCCUGCUUGAGCACGAUAACAUCGUUCGGUGCUUGGACAUCUUCGAAGACUCGCACUACUUUUAUCUCGUCCAGGAGCUGCACGGAACGCCCUGGGUUUCCAGAAAGAAGGCUCAGCAUCAGGAGCUCGCUGUGCCAUCUCUGACGCCGUCAUCAUCCUGUUCCACCCUGGAUUCGCUCCCUCUAUUGACGCCGCAUCCCACGGACACUGCGAUCUGGGAAAGCCAGCUCGAGCAGUUUAGAAACGGGCAGAAACAACCGGAGAAUCUCCAGCCGUUGCCACCUCCCGCCUUCGGACGGCGCGCCUCUCACGACCUCUUCGAGUGCAUCGAGCAGUCGAGGCACAAGCGGCUCCCCGAGCCGCAGGCACGCUACAUCUUCGCGCAGGUGAUUGAGGCCGUCCACUACCUAGAGCAACUCGGGAUCACCCAUCGGGACAUCAAAGAUGAAAACCUUGUCAUCGACAGCGAUUUGAAGGUCAAGCUCAUUGAUUUUGGGAGCGCCGUUGUCUCCGACCCUGAGCAAGAACGACCUUAUUAUCAAAUGUUUUACGGCACCACCGCCUACGCUGCCUCGGAGAUCCUACAGAGGAAAAAGUAUCAGGCGCCGCCGGCGGAGAUCUGGACGCUUGGCGUCCUCCUCUCCUUCCUCCUCACGGGCUCGUCGCCCUUCCUGUCGGAGGACGACGCCAUCCACGGCCGCGUAUCGAUUCGCGAGUCGAUUGCCACGACCCUGUCUGAAGACUGCCUCAGCCUCAUGCAGCGGUGCCUCGAGCCGGACCCCUCGAAGCGGGCAGAUAUUUAUGAAGUGCGGGCCCAUCCGUGGCUCCAGGGUACUCUCGACAUCGAAUGUCUCUGAGCGACGCACUUCCCCCCACCAAUCACACUGUUUCAUACUCUGGGAGAUGAAUUUAUUCGGACGCUCUUCCGACGGACAGUUAACCGGUUCGUUUGGGAUAGAAAUUAACGUAUGGAUAUAUUUAUUCUUUUUUAUUGGGUUGGUCGGACGAGCCUGCCUUCCCCAUCGCAACAGCACUGUAUAACAUGCAAUUCUCCCCCUCCAUCCUCAUCGUUUCUCUUCCCUGUUCGAUAAUUUAUCAACAUCUUGGCGCGAGCCCCUUUGGCUACCCUUUCGUUCUCCCUCUCUCCACUCGCGAUGUCGACGACCUCUGUCGUUAGCGCUAUCGCAUGUCUCAUUUAC